AUGUUCCUCGAAGCUGACAUCUUGCUUCCCCCUUCAGCCAUUGUCCGACUGGCCGAGCCCAUUGCCCUCACCUCCAUCUUCCCUUAUGCCUGGGCUCUUGUAAAGAGAUUCGAAGUCGGCAAUGAGGAGGAUGCCUCCUUCUACGCCGGCCUUCUCAUCUCGUCAUUCUCGCUCGCCGAGGCUGCCAUGGGCAUGUUCUGGGGAGGCUUCUCCGACCGAGUUGGCCGCAAGCCUGUCCUGAUGCUGGGUUGUGCCGGAACCAUGCUCAGCAUGAUCAUGGUGGGCUUCUCCUCCAACAUCUGGGUUGCUCUGAUCGGGAGAGCCGCCGGUGGUCUCCUGAAUGGAAACAUUGGCGUUAUUCAGACCAUGGUUGGCGAGCUCGUCAGCAGACCUGAACAUGAACCCCGUGCCUAUGCCGUCAUGCCCUUUGUCUGGAGCGUCGGCACCAUCAUCGGUCCCUGCAUCGGCGGCACCUUUGCUGACCCUUUCACUUCCUGGCCCACCCUCUUCCCCAAGGGUAGUCUGUUUGAGCGUUUCCCCUACCUUCUCCCCAACCUCCUGUGUGCCAUCCUCUUGGCUGCCAGCAUUGUCCUGGGCUUCUUCCUCCUCGAGGAGACGCACCCUGAUAUGGUCCCCCGGGCUCUGAUGCCCGCAGACACGUACGUGUCUGAGGAGACGCCGCUGAUUGAGACUUCAGACGCUAUCAAGAGGCCUACCGUGGACCUGCGUGCCGAGACGUACGGUACCAUUGCCAUCGACCAGGAUCCGGACGAUUCCAUCUCCCGCGAAGAGAAAGCUGCGCCUCCGAGCAUCUGGAACAGGCGAGUAGUCAGCAUCAUCAUCGCCCUUUGCAUCUUCACCUACCACUCCAUGUCGUACGACCACCUGAUGCCCAUCUUCUUCGAGGACGAGCGUGCACUCUCCGGAAACAGCGUCAAUCUGGGCAAGGCCCCCCCCUUCUACUCGCCCGGAGGCCUCGGCCUCAGCAUUCGGUCCGUCGGCAUGAUCAUGGCGGUCAACGGUGUCAUCGCCCUGUUCGUUCAAGCCGUCAUCUUCCCGGUGGCGGCCGAACGGAUUGGUGUGUACAAGCUUUUCAUCCUCAGCACGGUGUUGCAUCCCAUUGCCUACGUCCUUGUCCCCAUGCUCCUUGUCGUCUCAAGAUCCUACAUCUACCCGGCCAUUUACGCGUGCCUGGCGGUGCGCAACCUCCUCUCCAUCACCCUCUACCCCCUCCUCCUCAUCCUCCUCAAGAAUGCCACCCCUUGCCCCAGUGCCCUGGGCACAAUCAACGGCCUCGCGGCCAGCGCAGGUGCCGCCUGCCGAAUGGUGGCACCUCCCGUGGCCGGCUACCUCUACACCUUUGGCAGCAGGAUGGAUUGCACAGCCCUGGCUUGGUACGGCAGUGCUCUUGUCGCUGUUGUCGGCUCGUUCCAGUGCUUCUCGGUUCCCCGCGAGCACAACCCUGCCGAGAAGUCUGAGGAGGGAAUCUCUCCCAAGUUCGAGCAGCGUCCCUCUGUCUGUGUCACUGAAGUCUCAGCGACCAACGAGGCUCAGGAAGACUGA